CGAGGCGCAUUCUCUUUUGUUUCGUUCGACGUUUCCUCUGCAAGGAAAGCAAGGUCCCCCACCGCUCUGAAAUAUCCAGCCCGCUUUGAAUUAGUUUCGACUUGACUUGCUCCCGUGAAGGUCGGGCCCUCCGUGAUCGUGAAUUCGUGAUCUUCAGUGUAUGUGUGUUGUGCUUGUGACCGUCUGUGAAAUGCAAGCUAAUGGAUUAUCCCUGUUCUACACCUUCAACCUAGUCACACGAUAAAGACUGUUCUUGACAACAUCACAACUUGCGGAUAGCAGUGAUAUGUGGCUCUCUCAUCUGCGAUUUUGGAUUAAUUGUGAUUUUUUGGAACCUAAGUGAAGUGAAAGAAUCUCGAAGGAUUGGCUCAUACCAACAGUUAACACCUUUCAGUCUGAUGACUUCCGGUCUGACUAGAGCUUGCUAAAAUGCAAGACCAGAGUGGUCAAACUCAAGUCAUGCAGCAGCAACCACAGCAACAACAAAUGCAACAGCAGUCACAAAUGCAACAGCAGCAAAACCAACAAAUGCAGCAGCAAGCCAUGCAAGUACAGCAGCAGGCCCAACAAAACUCUUUGCAGCAGCAGAUGCAGUCUACAAUGCAGCAGCAGCAGCCUCAGCAGCAAAUGCAGCAACAAAUGCAGCAGCAACAACAGAUGCAACAGCAACAGCAACCACAGCAGAUGCAGCAACAACAGUUGCAGCAGCAGCAGCAGCAGAUACAACAGCAGCCGCAGCAAAUGCAGCAACAGCAACAACUUCAGCCCCAACAACAAUUACAACAGCAGCAGCUUCAGCAGCAACAACCGCUGCAAAUCCAAGGCCAGCAGCUGCAAGGGCCUCUGGGGUCGAUGCCGGUUCAAGUUCAAGUGAUUCAGCAGCAACCACUGCAGAAUGCAGCAUACCUACCACAGUUCUAUAACCCACAAAAUGGUCAGAUCAUAAUGCCGUCCAAUUUGGGGGUCAAUCCAGGUGGCGCUAUUCAGGUCGUCGCAAAUAAAUCAGGUAUAUUUCAACAAGCUGGUCCGCAUAUUCUCACUCAAGCAGGAAAACAAGUUUUAGCUGCUCCAGGUCAAGCUGCCUCUUUUCCUGGUUACACCACUAUUCCUACAACUACCAAUCAAACCCUAGUCAUCAGUCAACUCGGAGUCAUUCCAUCACAACAAAAUAUUUUACCCGCUCACUCUGCUGCUGGACAACAGAAACCCGAGAUGCAAAAAGUUCAGAAUGCGCAACCCGUGCAGUUCUCAUCUUGGAAUUUUGGCAGUUUACCGCAAAGCAUAGCGUGGACUACAACCCCGCAGCAACCUACUCUUUUGACCACUCAAAAUGCUAACUUCAUUAGAGGUGCAAAUCCACAAGAGAAUAUACAGCCGAAAACUAGUAUGGUUUCAUCUGUUGGAAGGCCUUUGUCAAACAUACUGCCUAGCUCAGCCAUUCGCCCUGCAAGUUCAGUAUCAACACAAACUGCUGGACAGCAGAUGACAGCAACCAUGGCACAAAAACAACAGAUGAAAAUGCAGAGGAAACCUAUGAUGGGACGUGGAAUGAGUAUGAAGACUGAUCCGAAUACACCCGGAAAACAAGGAACACAUUCUAUUGCUGCAAAUAGAAUGAUACUAACUAGUCAAGGAACUUAUGUAGCACAGACAAAAGUAAUGCAGCAACAGGCACAGCAGCAGCUGCAACCUCAACAACUACAACAACCUCAACAACUUCAACAACCUCAGCAACUUCAACAACCUGGACAACAACCGCAAUUAAUUAGCUUCCAACAACAGCAAAUCAGUUUCCAGCCGCAGCAACAGCAGCAGUCCCAUCUGAUCCAAAGUCGGACAAACCAAGUCAUGAGUGUUGGUAUGCCAAUGACAUCGCUUCAACAGCAAUUAGCAGCACCCACUCAGCAGAUGCAACAACCUGGUCAGCCGCAAGUAAUGCCUGUUGUCUCAAUGGUUUCCAAUUGCCAACCAACAGUGACGAUGACCAACCAAAUCCCCAUCCAGUCCUUGGUGGUUCCUUCGCAAGUGCAAACAAUGCCUUCACCACUACCAGUGCAAUCGCCUCAGCAACCAGCAACACCUGGAACUCCACAGAAGAUGGAGAUUACAAUCGAUGGUGAGAAGACACCUGCGCCCACACCAAGCACACCAAGUCAGGCUACAGCAGUUGACAAGUCAAAAGAAGGAGCUGCGGAUACAAAAACAGCACCUUCAAGUACUGAACCACCACCAAAGAUGGAUGCAUCUAAUGAUUCUAGCCAAGUUACCCCCAACCAUGAAUCAGGUGUUCCUGUUUUAGAAGACUCAAAUAAAGAACGAGGCACAGUUCCGAAAGCGAUGGUGCGGCCACAACAAACAAACAUUUUAACCCAUGUCAUCGAAGGUUAUGUUAUUCAAGAAGCCUCUCAGCCUUUCCCUGUGAACAGAUCUUCUGAUGCAAACAAAGAAAACAGAUUGAAGGCAGAAUCAAACGGCGAACCUUUAAUGAAAAAACCUAUGUUAGAUGAAGAUUAUGGUGCAUGCGAGUCUUGUGGAAAAGUUGAUCUCAAAACUAAAUAUAAGAAGAAACGCUCUUGCUCCGUUUGUAUUAAAAACAAACGAAAUUCGACAGGAAAAGACGGGACCGAAAAGAAAGUUAAUGGAAAGGAGUCUGGUGAUGGUGACGUUCAAGAUUCUGGGUCAUCAGGACCAGAAAGUUCGCUCAGCUCUUCAGAGAGCAAUGAACUAGCCAAUCAAAUGGAUACGGAGGACAGUAUGUUAUCAGAAGACUUACCAAAAUCCAAUCCUCUCAAGUGGACGGUCACUGAGGUGUGUGAAUUCAUUAAAAAUCUUCCUGGAUGCUAUGAGUAUGCAGAAGAUUUUGCACUUCAAGAAAUUGACGGACAAGCUCUAAUGCUCCUGAAAGAAGACCACCUCAUGUCAGCAAUGUCAAUGAAAUUAGGACCUGCUUUGAAAAUCGUAGCUAAAAUUGAUCUGAUGCGAGAUGUCAAAGCUGAACAACAAAGCAACGGUGGUAGUCCUGAAAAGUAAAGAAUCUUCCAAAAUCCUCAAAAUUCUGCAAUUGAAGCGUGAAUUUUGUGACCAGAUGAAUUAUCAAAAUUGAUUUUUCACAAUGAAAUACAUAUUUACUUAUGUAUUGAAAUGCAUGAAGGAGACUGACUUCUGAGAAAAUCUUUCAUCUUUCUUGUUUGAGAAUACGCUGACAAAUAAUUGUGAAAGUACGUAGUUGAGCUUUAUCUUUUCAAAUGCAUCAUUAAAUUUUGUCAAAAUUUUUAUGCAUUACAUUAUCUUCCAAUAUCACACAGUUAAAUUUCCUUUUAAUGAUUUGUCCUCGGACUUUUGAAAUUUUCUCUUUGACUUAAAUUUUUUCAUCAGAAUGAACUACUUAAUUGCUAUCAAACUAUUGAAUCAUUUGAUUUUUCAUUAGUCUUUCAUUAGUCUCAUGGACCAUUCCUGGGAGGUUGCCCAUUUCUUGUAUGAAUAUCAAUAUUUUGAUACUUAAUUAGAUCUGCUGAAGUAAGCAAGAAACAUGUGUCUUUGAAUACCAGGCACCAUUGUAAUUAAAUUUGUUUUUAUAAUUUAAAUCUUUGUAUCACUGAAUAUUUCCUUUUCUCAUGUAAUUUAAAUCAUUGAUAUUUGAUUAGCAUCCAGCGUUCCACAUCAAUAAUUGUGUGUUGUAAUUUUUUAUCACAAAAUACUGCUUAGUAGACGGCAAGGUGGAAAAUUUUUAACCCAGGAGAUUCAUGCAAAAAUCAGUUUUGUAAUCCAUAGUGUUUUGCCUUCUCUGGGUGCCAUGCACCACAUGUGCCUAAACAUCUGGCCCUGGUGUCUGAAAAUUUGGAAGGCUUGGCCGUUGUGGCACUUAAAAAAGUUGACAUGUCGUGUUGAUUUUUCCAAACUUGUGACCGCAAAGUAGCAGUAAUGCUCUCAAGGCUGCGUUUGCGGUGCAGCCUGAGAGCAAGAAGAUUCGAGAUUGGAACACAGCGACGGAACGGAACAGUAUUGGGAACGCAAAAAGUUGAUUUUGCCCCCAAAAAAAUCAAAGAUGCUCCUAAAAAUUGGAUUUGCUGACCCAUCAAGUGGCUUUUCAAAUUACAGGAGGGAGGCGGAACACUGCUAAUCCAUUAACGAUGAGCUCCGACCAGGUUGGAACAUGCCCUGUGUCUCAUUUGUACAAUGUGAAUACAGUUCAAACCUAGCAUGGUGCUUACAACUACACUGUAUCGUGUGAAAGCGUGACCAAUGUAGUAUGAAGUAUCCAUCGAACCAGGGCUCAUAGCACUUAAUUAAUGUUUUCUUGCAUUCUGUCAAUGACUGCCGGGAUUAUUGGACCGGGGCGGCGUUGCAAGAACCAAUCAGCACGGAGCCCAAAGGCCAGGUGCUGCAAAGUGUAUAAAUUUGUAUUGUGCAAUAUUUCUUAUUUGUAGUCAUCAUCAGUUAUUUUGUAAAUUUUUCAUGUUUAAAUUUGGUACAGACAAUAGGUGUACCCAUCGAAAAAAUACUUUUGUAAAUUAGAUUUUGGUUUCAUUAUGCGAGGGGAAAAACUUUGUUAAGUAGUUGUUGCCUAUAAUGAAUUAUCUUCUUGUGAGCAGAGUCUUUCCCUUCAUGUAUUUUUUUGCAUCAGUAAUUACAAGAAUCUCUCAUCUUUAAAACAAUUCACAUUUUCUCACUCAAGCCUCAUUCAAGCGGAGAUAGAAUUUGGAGAUUGUUAUUCAGUAAAUGACCACCAUAAUUUUAGCAAAUUGUUUUUGUUUAGUUAUUUUUAUUUUGUUGACGAGAAAUGUGCAGGAGUUGCCUCUUUUGAAAAUACGAAUUACAAUUUGUUUUAAAAAAUUUAUCGGUUCAUCUGAAGGAAUGCAGUUUCCCCUCAAAAGAGAAUAGUUUUUUUAUUUUUAUUUUAGAGAAUUAAGUCCAGAAUAUUCUUGGGGACUUCAUAUUGCGGAGUCUGUGAAGUUUGGUGUAACACUUAGUUCAUGAAAUAUGCAAUGCUAAAUUUCAGCGUUUUUGACACUCCCCCACCCUCGUAAUGCUUUUGUGAUGUAGAUACCUAUCCUUUAAUGUGUAAAACCAAAAUGAUGUAACGCUCCCUUUGACCUCCUUACAGAGCAUUACAUAUUUCAUGAACCGUCCCUCACCAUAAGGUAAUUUGCUUGAAAUCAUAAGUCUUGUUGCAAGUCCGCUUUAUCAAAGCAGAGAAUAUUAUUAUGUCCAAA